CCAUGACUGCACUUCAAUACUUCAUCAUUCUCACCAGUGCCCUCCCUCUUCAAACAAGAAAGAGCAAAAUCGAAGAAAAACCCAACCAAAAUUCAAUUCACCAUCCUCAUCACUUCGUCACUCCCAGUCUCAUUUCCGUUCGGCGACUAUGAAUCUUCUCCACCCUCUCCUCCUCACGCCGCUCGCCGUCGCGAUUUCCUUCCUCCUGAUCAAACUCGUCUACUCCGUCCUCUGGCUUCCUUUCGCGAUCCAGCGCCACUUCAAAACCCAAGGAAUUUCCGGCCCGGCUUACCGCCCCAUCACCGGUAACUCCGCCGAGAUCCGCUGCCUCUUCGCUCGAGCAGCUCAAUCCAAGUCACAGUCAACGCCGCCGGUAGAAGGAUUCCACCACCGCGAUGUCGUCGCCAGGGUUUCCCCAUUCUACCACGCGUGGUCGCGCGCGUACGGGAAGACUUUCCUGUACUGGUUUGGGCUCAAGCCCAGACUGGCCGUAACGAGCCUGGACGUGAUCAAGGAGGUGUUGCUGAACACGAGCGGGUCGUUUGGGAAAGUCGGGUUCAACCCGCUGUCCAAGUUGCUGUUCGGGGCUGGGCUCGUUGGGCUCGAGGGCGAUAAAUGGGCCCUUCAUCGACGGAUCACUAGCCAGGCCUUCAACAUGGAGAGAGUUAAGGAAUGGGUGCCGGAGAUUGUAUCCAGCGCCGGGAAAAUGCUGGAGAAAUGGGAGGAGAUAAGAGGAGGAAGGGAAGAAUUCGAGAUCGACGUUCACAAAGAAAUCCACCUCGUCUCCGCCGAUAUCAUUUCAAGAACUGCGUUCGGGAGCAGCUUCGAAGAAGGGAAACGGAUCUUCGCAGUACAGGAUCAGCAGCAGAAUCUGAUUUCUCUUGCCCUAAGAAGCGUCUACAUUCCAGGUUUCAGGUUCCUGCCGACGAGGAAGAACAGGGAUAGAUGGAGAUUGGAGAAGGAAACUCGGGACUCGAUUAGGGUUUUGAUUCAGGGGAACAGCAGGGGAUUGGGGAAUUCCAGAAAUCUGCUUGCUUUGCUGACGUCUUCGUACAGGAAUCAGGAUGGAGUGGAGGAGAAAUUGGGGGUGGAGGAAGUGAUAGACGAAUGCAAGACGUUUUAUUUUGCUGGGAAAGAGACUGCUGCCAAUCUAGUGACUUUUGCUCUGCUUCUGUUGGCGAAUCAUCGGGAGUGGCAGGAGAAGGCUCGAGAGGAAGUGGUUCGUGUCUGUGGAGGAAGAGACGAAGCUCUCCUUGCAGAGAAUCUGAACGACCUCAAGAUUUUGAGUUUGAUAAUCAACGAAACUCUGAGAAUGUACCCUCCGGCCGUGUUACUAAUGAGGAAGGCCACCAAGAAAGUCAAGCUGGGCAGCCUGGAAGUUCCUUCAGGAACACAAUUGUAUAUCCCUGUGAUAGCCGUUCACUACGACCCUGAAAUAUGGGGGGAAGAUGCCGACGAGUUCAAUCCUUCACGGUUCAACGAGCCUCGAAAGCAUAUGGCUUCGUUCUUGCCCUUUGGAAUGGGUCCCAGGAUCUGCGUGGGUCAGAAUUUAGCCAUCGUUGAAGCCAAGAUAGUGCUGGCUACCAUCAUCAGGAACUACUCUUUUGUACUGUCCCCUACUUAUGUUCAUGCCCCCAUGCUUUUGAUCAGCUUGCAGCCUCAGUACGGCGCUCAGAUUGUUUUUAGAAAGGUUUCUGGAAAUGGAAGCUCAUAGGCUAUGAGUGUUGCACAGACUCGGUUCAGGAAAAUGUUUAGAGAUGGUUGCCUGACCAUGAUAAUAAUUAUGUGCGACUGUCGUAAUCUGUUUAUUAUUUACAUGUACUCUAUUUUACAAGCUUGAAUGGUUUAUCGACGGUUUACAGAUGAUUCUAUAAUGAUGUAAGUAAUAGACCAUGAUCAAGUAAUUGUUUUAAUUUCAAAAGAUAAUCUUUGUGUCAAUAUUUAUGAAAAUCGCCAGGAAAAAGAACUAGUCUCAUUUGGAUGAACCAUUGCAUUGAUGAGAUAUUUGAGCCAAAUUCCUUAUUUAAAAAUUCACAUGUUUUUUAAUGGAAAAUCUAAGAGGUCGUUUGCUUUAAGGAUUUGCAUCAUGGAUUUGGUACUAAAAAACAGGGCUCGUUUGGACGGAUCAAUCUAUAAAUGAGUCAAUUUGAU